AUUUCUGUGUUCCUUAUUUCCUUCUCCUUGAAGACUAGCUGUCUCUGGCACUGGCAGCAGAAGCAGAAAAGUUCCAGAAAUUCUGGUAAGGAACGAGGCAAAGGAACGCAGCGUUUCGUUUCGUGUCGCCAUCAUGGAUGAAAUGUACGGAGUGCCGGACUACGCCGACAAGCCACUCAUGACUCCGGAGAAUCUGAUUUUCCCUCCGGACUACCCCGCCUUCCUCACAGCCGCCCGGAUUCCUAUCUUCGGAUCCGACGACCUCUUCUCCGGCGAGCCUUCCGCCGCUUCCGCCUCUCCUGCUGGAAUUCCGCGCCACCAGGACGAUGACGUGGCAACCACUGUCAUGAAGGCAAAAAUCGCCUCCCACCCUCACUACCCUCGCCUCCUCCAAGCUUACAUCGAUUGCCAGAAGGUUGGGGCGCCUCCGGAAAUCGCGCGUCUGUUGGAGGAAAUCCGGCGAGAAAACGACCUGUGCAAGAGCGACGUUGUUUCCACGUGCUUUGGAGCCGAUCCCGAGCUCGACGAGUUCAUGGAAACCUACUGCGACAUGCUCGUGAAGUAUAAAUCCGACUUGGCUCGCCCCUUUGACGAAGCAACCACUUUCCUCAACAAGAUCGAAAUGCAGCUAAGCCAUCUCUGCACUGGCGCUUCUGUUUCCACCGUUUCUGAUGAUGGUGGUGUGUCUUCAGACGAAGAUUUGAGUACAGGAGAUGGUGAUGGUCAAGAUGGGCAAUCAAAGGGUGAAGAUCGUGAACUGAAGGAUAGACUCUUACGGAAGUUUGGGAGUCACAUUGGUACUUUGAAACUGGAGUUUUCAAAAAAGAAAAAGAAAGGUAAACUUCCGAAGGAAGCAAGACAAACAUUGCUUCAGUGGUGGAAUGUUCACUACAAAUGGCCUUACCCCACGGAAGCUGAUAAGAUUGAACUGGCUAAGUCAACAGGGCUAGAUCAGAAGCAAAUUAACAAUUGGUUUAUUAACCAGAGAAAACGUCAUUGGAAACCAUCCGAGAAUAUGCAGUUUUCCAUGAUGGAAAAUCUUAACGGACGGUUCCUUGGUGAUGAAUGAUGAGGUGCGUGUACAUGUAUUAUUCUCAAAUGUAUAUCCUGAUUAAUUAAUUAUUGCUUGUAUUUUCUUUUGUAAAUUCUAAAUUAAAAGCAGAUUGUUGACAGUAAAAUGCGUACUUUCCUAAGAAGAGAAAAGGGAAAUGAUCAUAGUAUUCUUGAUAAAUAACUACUGUCAUUGUGCAUGAAAUG